AUGCCAUCUUCAUGCAAAAGCAUCGUGCUAGCUCAGCGUCCCAACGACCACAUUGAGCCUGAUACGUUCAGGGUCGAGGAAAGCUCGGUCCCAUCAGAGGCAUCUUUGAAGGAUGGCGAAGUACUCUUCCAGAGCAACUACCUCUCGCUGGAUCCCGCGAUGAGAGGCUGGCUCAACGAUACGCGAUCAUACAUCCCUCCCGUGAAGAUAGGCGCUGUCAUGCGAGGCAAUGGCGUGGGGACGAUUAUCGCUAGUAAGAGCGCCAAGUUCCGUGCGGGCGAGGAAGUGUUCGCCAUGUGUGGUUGGAGCGAGAUGGCUGUGCUCAAGGAGGACGUCGUCGAGAAGCUCGGUCUGCCUUCCAAUGGAACUAUGACUGACUCUCUGGGCGUGCUUGGGAUGACCGGCCUGACUGCCUACUUCGGGAUAUUGAACGUGGGCAAAGUGAAGAAGGGCGACUUUGUAGUCGUCUCCGGCGCCGCGGGGGCCACUGGCAGUGUCGUUGGCCAGAUCGCUAAGCUCAAAGGUGCUACUGUGCUGGGAAUUGCUGGCUCUGAUGAGAAGUGCAAGUGGCUGGUGAAUGAGCUUGGCUUCGACGAUGCCCUCAAUUAUAAGGAUAGCAACUUCGCGAAGUCGUUCCGUGCUGCUACGAAGCAGCUCAUCGACGUCUUCUUCGACAAUGUCGGCGACGAGAUUCUGGAUCUUGCAUUAGGCAGAGCAAAGGCGCACUCGACAUUCGUGAUGUGUGGAGGCAUAUCCCAAUACAAUACCAAGAACGCUCAGGGCCCGAAGAACUACCUAAUGAUUGUGUCGAUGAGAAUAAGAAUGGAGGGCUUCAUCGUGUUUGAUUUCGAAAAGGAGUAUCCUGCGGCACGGAAGGAGCUUGCUCAAUGGCUCUCGGAGGGGAAGAUCAAGCGGCAGGAGACUGUGAUUAAGGGUGGCAUCACCAAGAUGCCGGAAGCGCUGAGAGCGCUGUACGAUGGCGUAAACACUGGUAUGUUCUGCACCUGGAGUCUCGGUACGUCUGCUAAUAAUGUCAAGGCAAAUUGCUAG